UGGGAAGGCGGAGGAGUUAUGGCCUAGGGGCUGGCCGCGCGCGUAGCUGGCCUGGGAGUGGAGCGGAGUGGGGCGGUGGCGCGGGGGGACCCGCUGUGUCUAAGUAAUUAAGAUGACAACAGCAGCUAGGCCAACAUUUGAACCUGCAAGAGGAGGAAGAGGAAAAGGAGAAGGAGAUUUAAGUCAGCUCUCCAAACAAUAUUCCAGCAGAGAUCUUCCUUCUCAUACUAAAAUUAAAUACAGACAGACCACUCAGGAUGCCCCUGAGGAGGUGCGUAAUCGUGACUUCAGAAGAGAACUGGAGGAGAGAGAACGAGUUGCUGUAAGAGAAAAGAACAGAGACAGACCCGCAAGAGAGCACACCACGUCCUCUUCGGUGUCUAAGAAACCUCGAUUAGAUCAGAUUCCUGCAGCAAACCUUGAUGCAGAUGAUCCACUCACUGAUGAAGAUGAUGAGGAUGAGGAUUUUGAUGAAGAGAGUGAUGACGAUACUGCAGCUCUUCUGGCUGAACUAGAAAAAAUCAAAAAAGAGAGAGCUGAGGAACAGGCCCGAAAGGAGCAAGAGCAAAAGGCUGAAGAAGAGAGGAUUCGAAUGGAAAACAUCCUGAGUGGCAACCCUUUACUAAAUCUUACAGGCCCAGUGCAGCCUCAGGCAAACUUCAAAGUGAAGAGAAGAUGGGAUGACGAUGUUGUCUUCAAGAAUUGUGCCAAGGGAAUAGAUGACAUGAAAAAGGACAAAAGAUUUGUAAAUGAUACUCUGCGAUCUGAAUUUCACAAAAAGUUCAUGGAAAAAUACAUCAAGUAGUACAGUUUUAUGUGCUCCAUUGCUGAAAGACUCAAAGGGUCAAGGUGACUUCCCCUCUGUGGUGUACCCCCCCCCCCCCAAAAAAAAAUAAUGGCUGAAAAUUGUCUCCUGCCAUGAAUUUCCAAAUGCUUUUCCAAGGUCAUUGACAGCUUUUUAAUUGUCGCCUUGUAUCUGGAGUGUUUUAUCCUUUUCCAGCAUCCUGUUUCUGUUUAAUUCAGUGGAUAUGCAUUUACUUUUAAUGGCCUUCAUGUAAAUGUUGGAAGAGAGACUGGUUUGCAAUAAAUACUUUGUCUAAAUACUGUUUCUUGGGAAACAACCUGUAUGUAAUAUGGAGAUUUGUAAUUUAUGCAGGUUAUGUAAAUUUUCAUAUGCUUAAAGGUA